AUGGCAAAGAAUGAUGCAGUGAUACAAAGUCAGGCAACAUCGCUUCGUAAUCUUGAAAUGCAGCUGGGGCAAUUAGCCAAUGAUCUGAAAAAUAGGCCUCAAGGUUCUUUGCCUAGUGACACAGAAAAUCCGAGAAGGGAUGGGAAGGAACAUUGCAAAGCCAUUAAUUUACGAAGUGGAAAAAUUCUGGAAAAUGCUGAGGACAAAACAAAGGGCAGUAGGGAGCCCACUUCAAUCCAAAUAGAAGGAGAAUCUAGUAAAAAACCAGUAAGUGAAGCUACUGAAACUGGCCCAGUUGAUACAGCAUCAGGUCAGCAAUCUGUUCCAGUAAAGUCUAUACCAAAACCGCCCCCACCAUUUCCUCAGCGGUUUCGAAAACAACAGCAAGAUGGGCAAUUCAGGAAAUUUCUAGAUGUUUUAAAACAGCUCCACAUCAAUAUUCCCUUAGUUGAAGCAUUGGAACAAAUGCCAAACUAUGUCAAGUUUUUAAAAGAUAUUUUGACGAAAAAAAGAAGGCUGGGAGAGUUUGAGACUGUUGCUCUUACAGAAGGUUGCAUCGCCAUGUUGAAGAGUAAAAUCCCUCUGAAAUUGAAGGAUCCUGGUAGUUUUACAAUCCCUUGUUCUAUUGGGGGACGAGAUGUUGGAAGGGCAUUGUGUGAUUUGGGCGCGAGCAUUAAUCUCAUGCCGAUGUCGAUUUUUAAGAAACUUGGUAUAGGUGAAGCAAGGCCUACAACUGUGACAUUGCAGCUGGCAGUUAGAUCUAUGGCCCAUCCAGAAGGGAAAAUUGAGGAUGUUUUAGUGCAGGUAGACAAAUUUAUAUUCCCAGCUGACUUUAUUAUUCUGGAUUAUGAAGCUGAUAGAGAAGUACCAAUUAUUUUGGGGCGGCCGUUUCUUGCUACAGGGCGAACAUUAAUUGAUGUACAGAAUGGCGAACUCACUAUGAGGGUAAAUGAUCAGCAAGUUACAUUCAGUGUAUUCAAGGCUAUGAAAUUUCCUGAUGAAAUUGAAGAAUGUUCUAGUGUGGAUGUGAUUGAGACGCUUGUGGCUGAGAAGUUCAGUAAGGAAGUUGAUAUGGCUGAGUUGGGAGUUCAGAUUUUUGAAGAUUCUGAAGACUCUAGCAGUGAAGAAGAACCUCAAGUUACUUGGGUAGACUCAUGUAAACCAGCCAGAAAAUUCAGUAAAUAUUUUGAAGCAUUAAAUCUGCCUGAAGGACAUUUUAAGCCACCAAAACCGUCCAUUCAAGAACCACCUCAAUUAGAAUUAAAGUCGCUGCCCAGCCACCUAAAAUAUGCUUAUUUGGGGGAUAAUGACACACUUCCAGUAAUUAUUUCUUCCUGUUUAGAGGCUGAUGCUGAGGGGUCUUUGCUGGAGUUAUUAAGACGACAUAAGAAGGCAAUUGACUGGACUAUGGCCGAUAUAUAA